AAACCUCGUAUGGUCCUUAUAUCUCCGCAGCUUUGGCUCUCAGUUGACGUAAUUGAGUUCGUGUGAUUCCCCCGACAUUCCCAAUGCAGGCCGCAGCGAGACGCGCGCCGCGAGCACGACGCCCGCGCCUGUCCCUGUCUUUCUCUCCGUCCUCUUCUUCCUCCUCCUCGUCGCCGUCGUUGCCCACGCUCUGGCUGCAAUACGUUCAGCCUGCGAGGAGCGCACGUUAUUCCCGUCAGCCACUGUUUCCAGCGGUCAGGCACGGUAAUCAUUGUCAAAUAAUAGCCAUCAUGCCGGCCUUCGAUCCUGUUCGCGAUGCCGUCCUCAACUCACCCUCCAUCCCCCCUUCUCUCCACUCAACGCCCCGUAUGCAUAUCGACCUUCCGCUGAGCUCGUACCCGUCCUCUUCUUCGGCCACGAGCAACACACCAUCCAGCUCAGGUGCAGGUUAUGCGCCUUCAAGCUCCAGUGCGUCCACACCACUGACCCGCCGUGCAACCGACCUCUCCGUCCUCCUCAACUCGGAUCCACCUUCACAGGAUACACCGCUCUUCACCCCAGUCACUCCCAGACCACCCAUCAAGCUAUCACAUCUCCUUCUCCCCACGGAUAGUCCUGCAAGCAUGAGCGUUUCUGAUGAGCAAGAUGAGCUCUCCAACCUCGCUCCACUUCGCAGGCGGUCCGAGUCCAGUAGUAGCUCUAGCAUUCAGGAAGGCUCAUACUUUACCUGGCACGGUUCGAGCUCCUCGAAAGCGCCAGUGCUAGCCGGGUCACCCAGACUUGCGCUGCCGGGCUCACUUCCCACUCAUCAGGCGCACAGCGGUCCUAGCACGCUUAACAACUCUGUGCCAGUGAUCCGUUCUCCCGUGGCGCCCACACUCUCCAACAUCGUUUCACCGACGAACUCCUACCCCGCAUCUAGUACUUCGCGCCCGUCGUCCUCGCAUUCUGUUUCCUCCGAUACAUCUGCUGUGUCCAUGCCUGUGCUGGGAGGUUUGAACGCCCCACGACGUCCCAGCUACGAUCAACCCACUGUGCAUAGUAGAACACCUGCAAUGCCACCACCACCCCAGCCGCGGUCGUCUACGCCACCUUCUAUGACGCCUGUACAGCUUCCGGAAGCUAAAUCGAUGGCACACAUCGGAAGGUCCUCCAUUCAAAAUGCGUUCGCCCAGGAGACUGAUAUCAUGAAUCCGCCCCCUGCAUUUACAUCUGCUGCGAGUCAGAAUAGCCAGCACACUGCCUCGCCAGCUUCAUCAGAGUUGAAGCAGCGUGCAAAGCCUUCUUCAUCUCCUAUUUCAGCACCUCGUACCCCGAUCCUUCCUCCGAAGCCCUCGCUUAAUCCGUCGUCAAGCAUGUCUUUCAACUCGUCCCUGCCUUCCGCUUCGUCACUACCGCCCAAACCGGACCGCCCAGAAGGUACAGACGCAGGCCCACCAUCGUCCAACAUGUUCACCAUCAAGCGAAGCAAGGUGCCGUAUAAUCCCAUUAACCGGCGGACGCCCGCUGGGUCGGUGCUCGUGCCACUCUCUUCGACGGAGAUGGAGCGAUACAGAAAUUUCCCUGGUGGCGUGGGCACGAUGAUUCUGAGGAAGAGGAAGCGGGAGGACGCAGAGAAGGGUACGAGUCCGGGUGUGAAGAAGGACCAUGCCGACGUCGAUUGGGCCCGGGGAAGGGGUGAGAUGACUAGCCAAAAGAGAGACAGCGAGGACAUGGAAGACGAUGGAAGGAAGAAAAGGAGGAGAACGGGUGAUGUAGGGCUUGUAGUCGAACACUACAACGCUCGCCCAGACGUUGGCGUGUCUCAGAGGCAGGAGUCGCCUAUAAUUGGCCUCAAAAGCUUCAACAAUUGGGUGAAGAGCGUGCUCAUCACGCGCUUCGCGCAUCCAGCGCUGGUCGCUGAUAGUGAAGCUCGGGGCUCACUUAGGGGACGUGUGUUGGAUAUAGGCUGCGGAAAGGGAGGCGAUUUGACAAAAUGGAGUAAGGCAAGAAUUAGGGAAUAUGUCGGAAUCGAUAUUGCGGCGAUCUCUGUAGAACAGGCCCGCCUGCGACACAUGUCACUGCGUGGUGGACCGCGCUUCGCGGCGUCGUUCUUCGCUCUUGACUGCUAUGAGCACGACCUGCACGAUGGAUUGCCUCCGGCUCUCCUUGCGCGCCCCUUUGACGUGGUGUCUAUGCAGUUCUGCAUGCAUUAUGCGUUCGAGAGUGAGAAGAAGGCUCGAUGUAUGCUGAAGAACGUUGCGGAUAAUCUGAGAUCAGGCGGCAUAUUCAUUGGGACGAUACCUGACUCAACUCAGUUGAUGGAUCGGCUGGACUCGUUACCGCCAAAUGCUGAAGAGCUAUCUUGGGGCAAUAGCGUGUACAAGGUCCGGUUUGAAGAUCGUGCACAUCGACCUCUUUUCGGGCACCGGUACUGGUUCUUCCUCAGGGAUGCAGUCGAUGACGUGCCAGAAUACGUUGUCCAGUGGGACAAUUUCAUUAAGCUGGCGGCCGAAUAUGGUUUACGGUGUGUAUACAAGAAGGAGUUCCACCAAGUGUUCGAGGAACACCAUACGCAUCCGGAGUUUGGCCCGCUACUGGAGCGGAUGAAGGUUGUCGAUGCGGACGGGGAGAGUCAAAUGGAUGAAGAUCAGUGGGAGGCAGCCAAUAUCUACGUAGCCUUUGCCUUCGAGAAGCGAUAGUCGGAGGCAUUUCGAUAUUGAUGCGAUUGAAAUCAGACGGGGCUUUUUCCGCCUGGUAUACGAUUCAUCACGAAUGGCCCAAACCUUGCCUCGAUCCUGGAUGAGCGGAACUGGUUCUUCUUGAAAGUACUAUGAGACAUUUGCUUCAUGUAUGAUUGAGUGUGGCCUGGUAUGACAUGGGCUCGGGGAGACGAGCGAAACAUACGAAGCGCGGCAUGAUCGUAAACGUGAGUUUUGAAUGGGCGAGCAUGCAAUAUUUGAUGAUUAAGAGAAUAAUGAAGUCGGAGUCGCCACAGGACCGACGGCGCGUAGACACAACCUUAUGAC